UCCGACCCGCCAGUAUCCCAUCAUACCUCCUCAGCAUUGGCUUUGACCUCACCGAUUUCCUAGUCGGUAGAGAGGUGGUGGUGCGUGCGUGCUCUGCCCGUUGCGUGGUGGAUGAUGGCUGCUUCAAAGCCCGUCGAGGCGGAUACCGGGACUGGUCUCCCCCGCUGGCAGGUGGCACUUUUAGUGGGUACACCAAUAGUCCUAGGAGUCGGUGCUGUCUACCUCUGGAACCGCAGUCGCACGACGAAGGAGAAGGAUGGGGACGGGGAAAGGAAAGCCCCAGAAGGCAGCGCUAGCCCGGUGCAGGGCCAACGCAGCGCGCCCAAUGCAGAGCACGAGAACAUGAGCCCCCUGGACCGGGCACAGGCUGCCAAGAACAAGGGCAACAAGUAUUUCAAGGCCGGCAAGUACGAGCAGGCCAUCCAGUGCUACACAGAGGCUAUCAGCCUCUGUCCCAGGGAGCAGAAGAGCGACCUGUCCACUUUCUUCCAGAACAGAGCAGCUGCCUAUGAGCAGCAGAUGAAGUGGCCAGAAGUUGUUCUAGACUGCUCCCAGGCAGUGGACCUCAAUCCCAGAUAUGUGAAGGCCCUGUUCCGACGUGCCAAAGCCCUGGAGAGACUGGACAACAAGAAGGAGUGCCUAGAAGAUGUGACUGCUGUGUGCAUCCUGGAGGCCUUCCAGAAUCAGCAGAGCAUGCUGCUUGCAGACAAGGUACUGAAGCAGCUGGGGAAGGAGAAGGCCAAGGACAAGUAUAAGAAUCGGGAACCCCUGAUGCCCUCGCCUCAGUUCAUCAAGUCCUACUUCAGCUCGUUUACGGACGACAUCAUCUCCCAGCCACUGCAGAAGGGAGAGAAGAAGGAUGAGGACAAGGAUAAGGAGGGCGAGGCCGCCGAAGUCUCCGAGAGCUCCGGCUACCUGAAGGCCAAGCAGUACAUGGAGGAGGAGAACUACGACAAGAUCAUCAGCGAGUGCACCAAAGAGGUGGAGUCUGGCGGCCGCUACACGGCCGAGGCCCUGCUGCUCCGCGCCACCUUCUACCUGCUCAUCGGCAACGCCACGGCCGCACAGCCCGACCUCGACAAGGUCAUCAACAUGCCCAGCGCCAACGUCAAGCUGCGGGCUAACGCGCUGAUCAAGAGGGGCAGCAUGUACAUGCAGCAGCAGCAGCCUCAGCUCUCCACACAGGACUUCAACCUGGCAGCUGACAUAGACCCCAGCAAUGCAGACGUCUACCACCACAGGGGACAGCUGAAGAUCCUGCUGGACCAGGUGGAGGAGGCCGUGGGGGACUUUGACGAGUGCAUCAAGCUCCGCCCAGACUCAGCCCUGGCCCAGGCCCAGAAGUGCUUCGCUCUGUACAGGCAAGCCUACACUGGAAACAACCCAGCCCAGGUACAGACAGCCAUGGACGGCUUUGAAGACGUCAUUCGGCGGUUCCCCAAGUGUGCAGAAGGCUACGCUUUAUAUGCUCAGGCCUUGACUGACCAACAGCAGUUCGGCAAAGCUGAUGAAAUGUAUGACAAGUGUAUUGAUCUAGAGCCAGACAAUGCCACCACAUACGUCCACAAAGGGCUUCUGCAGCUGCAGUGGAAGCAGGAUGUGGACAUGGGCCUGGAGCUCAUCAACAAGGCCAUAGAGAUAGACAACAAAUGCGACUUUGCUUACGAAACCAUGGGAACCAUUGAAGUCCAAAGAGGCAACCUAGACAAAGCCAUCGACAUGUUCAACAAGGCCAUAAACCUGGCCAAGUCUGAGAUGGAGAUGGCUCACCUUUACUCUCUCUGCGAUGCUGCUUACGCCCAAACCGAGGUGGCCAGGAAGUAUGGCCUGAAGCCCCCUACGCUGUAACGCCCCCCCGUCCCUCCUCUCCACCUCCACCUGCUCCCUCUGUCCCUCUCUUCUCUGCGCUUCCUUUCUCCACUACUAUGUGACACGACAUACAUCCAUACAUAACAUUAUGCUAGCUCACGUAAUUGAGUUUAUCUAAGUUGUCGAUGAUUCUGGGCCAUGCUACGCUAUUUUUAUUUGGGCAUAUCUUUUGGUAACGUCCUAUAUAUUUUUUUGAAGCUUUUUUUUUUUCUUUCCUUCCUUUUAGACACUAAUAUUGUUACAGUUGGUGUCACUGUACAUUACCUGAAGAAUUGCGUAGCAUUGCAACGGACUGUUCAUUUGUUACCAUAAUGUUAGUCUUGUUAAAAGUGUGCAUCUCGUCCAAAAUUCUGUCAUAUCCUGAAGAGUCAAUAUGCAUCACUGUAUGGAAAAUGGAGAUAUAAAAACGUAAAGUCGAGACAUUAGGUGUAAUUAAGUCAGUUGUCGGCGUGUUUGGUGUAAUGCUGGAAUGAUGUUCUUGACCGUGGGACUUAAAAAAUUGAGUUCAGAAGCUUGGACUGUACUUUCUUUUUUGUGUGGGGGGGAUGUUUUUGUCUUUUUUUUUAGAUUGUCUUGCUUUUUCUUUCUUUUUAUAUUCUGUACAGCAUGUGAAUUCUCUUUAUAAAUAAAUGAUAAGAUUACUCUGCUGUAAUCCAACUAUAAAAACCAUUCAAUGGUCUAAGUGCAAAAUGAGGGGAAGUAAAAAAUGGUCUUGGUAACGGAUACAAAUGUUAACACUUUUAUUUGCAUCCUCUGAACACGAAAUGUCUUGUUUGAUCUUAAGGCUCCUAAUUUUUUUAUGUGUCUCUGUUGGGGCAAAUUAAGUUAUUUGUUAUUGCCACGUGUAAUUUACAGAAUUCUAAAGAAUCGUUAACUCUAAGAAGGAAUGCUGAUUUCUGCACCCAACACAAAGAAUAAUAAAAAGCAGGAUAUUGUUUGUA